CAUGUUUCUGUGGAUGCUCUUCCCGCUGUCCUUCGUGGCGGUGACACACGCGCUGCAGGUCGUGGAGCGGGUGGAGGGGGAGGACGUUACUCUGGUUCCAGAAUUUUCCGGGGAGGCCGAGGAGAUUCUGUGGAAGAUACAGGAGGAUAAGCUGGUGGAGCUGGUCGGGGGCCGACUCCCCCAUUACUAUCAGCUGGAGGGCCGAGCAGAGGCCCAGCUGCCGACCGGCAACCUCACCAUCCGGCGCCUGACCGGCAACGACAGCAACCGCUACACGGCGGAGAUCCUGAUUGGCUCAACAUACACGUACUCCGCGCAUGAGCUGCGAGUGCUGCCUCCCAGGCCCACCGUGCGCUAUGUGAUUGGUCAGGAGGGGGUUAAUCUGUUUUGCGUGUCCCCGGUGAGCGUGAGCUUCGUGUGGCGGGAUGGCGGCGGGAACGUUCUCGCCGAAACGGCCAACUUCACGGCCAGCAUCGAGAAGCUCAGGAACAAGACCGAUGUGACCUGCGUGGUCAGCAACUCGCACUAUAGCAACAACCGAACCCUGCAGCUGGAUCUGCCGCCCGAGGGAGGGGAAUCUUCCGGGGGCCACACUGCCGUCUGGGUCCCGAUCCUGGUCGUGAUGCUGCUCGUGAUUGUGGUCGGCGUUAGCGGCUUGGCCUAUAUAUAUCGCGAUUCCAUCAGAAGUUGGUCUUCGGGCUUCAGUGCGGUGCCAAGGGACCCAGUCCAACUCGAAAGAACUAAAACAAUCACACCGGAGGAGCCCUUCUGCGAUGGGAAUGAUGGUCAGGCACAACACGGGUAA